UGAAUCGUAGCCUGAAAAAUCAGGAAAAAGUGUGCAUUGUUCAGAACGAAAAUAGCGGCCAAAGCGCGAGGCCAUGAGCCAGAACCAGCAUGGACAUACCGGAAACUGUAUCUGUGCGCAAGUUUCGCGAAUUUACGGCGCGCCAGAAGCAGGAGCUGUACGAGACGCUACUGGAGUUGGCCGAGACGCUCGAGGAGCUGCCCCGAAAGUCCUUACGCAAGACACUAGAAUUGACGCUGGCCGUGCUGGAGUACAAGGGCGAGCAGGCGGCCCAACUACUAGAACAGGGUGGCAGUGGCGGACGGCUGCAGGGCGAGAACGAGAAGCUCAAGCGAAUGCUUCAGAGGCUGGAGGAUGAGCGCGAUGGUUUGAAAAGUAAAACAAAGGAGUUGGGGGAAGAGAUCAGGCAGCUAGAGCUGCGCCUCAGGGAGGCUGCCCAGCAAGCAGAGGCAAGCGACAAGGACUCGUCCGAUCCGCUUUCCGAGCUGGACAAACAGGACACGCUGCUGCAGAACAUCGACACCAAGAAUAAGCACAUCAAGCGGCUGCUAAAAGAGAUUGAGACGCUUCAGAACCAGAACAUUAGUCAAUCCAAAACGAUAGUCGUCCAGGAGCGUGAGCUGCAGAGCAUCAAGACCAAUCUUCUGCAGCUGAGCGAGGACAUCACGGAGGUGGAGCAGGAGCGCAAAUCGCUCAGGGAAAAGGAGCAACAGCAGUGCCUGGAAAUCACACGACUCGAGGGCAAUGUCACCUUUCUCGAAGUGGAGCGCGAGAAGCAUGAGAGUGAGAUGCGUGAGUUCCUCGAAAAGUACGAGACCCAGUGCCUCAGCUGGAAGAAAGCCCUGCACGACAAGGAAAAAGAGGUGGAACGACUAACAAAACAGUUGGCCACGGGCAGGAACACUCUAGCUGCCAGCACAAAGAUUAGCCACAGCAAACAGGAUGAGGAGAAAAUGCAGUUGCGAAACAUCCUCGAGACCCGCGAGAAGCACAUUGAAAAGCUAGAAGCAAGGCUCAAGUCCAUGGCCGAAGAAAUGAUUAGCUCUACGAAGGUGAUGAAGAAGCUUACCGAAGAACGAGAACGCUUUCAAAAUCCGGAACAGCCGCGUGCCUGCUGCCAGAUGAUCGAGGAACGCCUCGCGGUGACGCAAGCCCGUGUCCAACAGCUCUCCGAGAUGCUGGACGCCUCCGAGCAGGAUAAUGUGGUGAAGGCCAAGCAGGCAAUGCAUGCUCUGAGUGCUCUCGAAUCGUACAAGCGUGAAGAGGAUGGCCUCUUGCCGGCGCUGCGUCGCAGCGCGAGCCUCGAACAGAAGCUGGCGGAGCGCGAAAAGCAGCUGCGAAGCUAUGUCCAGGAGCUCAAUUCCCUCAACGAAGUGUUGCAGGAAAACGCGCUGUUGCGUCGCCGACUGAACAUUCCCGAAGACGUGGUGGUUCUGGCCAAGAAUACGCGCGCCAAGCAGCGCAACAAGGACAAGCAGAUCGAAAGACUGAUGCUGAAGCUGCGUACCUCAGAAGAACUGCGUCUGCAGCUGAAGCUAGAAAAGAGCGAACUACGGCGAAAGCUAUUGGAACUAAAUCGCGGAGAGCCCCUUGUGUUGGAUGAUGUUCUGCGACAGGUCAGUGAGGUGGGGGAACUGCCCUCCAGUACGCCCCUGGAAAAAUCCCCACGACGCGGACAGGGAGACUGUGCAGCCAGCACAGAGAUGCAGAGCAGAUACGAUGAAGUCCUGGCCGAAAACGAAACGCUGCGCAUGGGAAUGUACGAGAUCUUGGAGAAGCUGCGCGAGUACGAUGCCACUUCCGAGCACAUUACCAUAGAUUCAGAGCUGCUACGACGACUCAUCGAAGCUUUGCCCAGUGGCAUUUCCACGCCCCAACGUCUACAGGGGCAGCUGUUGGAGCUAAAGGCACGCGAAGAGGCUUUACGUCAGUUGCUCCUGCAGCAAAAUGGCAGCGACUCGGAGACGGGAGAGCUCUCCUCUGUCCAAAGUUUAUGCGAUGUCCCAGAGAUGCCAGAGGAGGAGCAUCAGGAGGAGCAUCAGGAGGAGCAUCCGAAGGAGCAGGACGAGGCUCUUCCAGCUAUCAACACUGCCACACGUCCUAGCACGCCCACUGAAACAACCAUUGGACUCCAACGCCCCAUCAUCACGAAUAUGGAAGAGGCUCCCAAGUCAGAGCAGCUGCUGGAACUUUCCCUCCUGCGAAAGCAUUAUGAAGAGCUGCGUCUGCACAUGAGCGCCGAUGGCAACCAGCUGCUGAACCACAAUCAGCAACUGCACGAGCAAGUGCUCAGCUUAGAGCUGCAACUGGAGAAGAAUAGCAGUUCCUAUGGUUAUAUGCGGCAGGAAUAUGAUCAAUUACUCACCGAAUCCCGGCGCCAGGAGCUGCGCUUUAUCGAAGAUAAGUCCGUGCUGAUGCGGCAACAGAAGCAAACACAGGCCGAGUUAUCCGCCGCUCGGGAUCAAUUGGAAGAUGUACAUCGCCGGCACUUGUACACAGCCGAGGAACACCAGCAGCUGGAGCAACGGAAUGCCAUCUUGUGUAUGCAGCUGGGCCAGGCCACGGAGCAGCUCCUGGGCGAACUGAAACUGCCAGACAUCUGUGCCGAGUAUGGCAUUAUUGGGGACAACUAUCAACUGGACUACGUGACAGCCAAGGAGUACGAACAGCAGCGGCAGGAACUGGCCUCCUGGCGAGGAAAGCAAGCGGAAUUGCAGCGGGAGACAAAGCAACUGGAAGGUCUCCUAUCAGUGGCCAAUGGGCAAAUACAUUCGCAGCAAAAGCUUCUGAAUGAUAUCACCGACAAUCACAUCAGUCUGCGGCAUUUGGUGGCCGAUCUCCAGAGCAGCUCUAAUGAGAAGCUAAUGCUGGCCAAAGUCCAACGAGAUUUAGAUAGUGUCAAAGCAGAGGUCUCCCGCUUGGAGGCGGAGCGGGAACAAAUCCAGCUAAAGGCAGACGGUCUGCAAUCCCAACUGGAGGCCACUGAGCGUUCGAUGGCGCAGGCACAACAGGACUUCCAGCUAGAGCUCAGCAAUAGUGAAAUCAAACAAAAAUUCCUACAGCAUUCGCUGUUUGCACUGAAAGAGAAAUAUGCCAAAUUUACACCAUUGAUCUUCCUCACCAACUUUGUGUUCGCCUACCAUAAGUUCCAGCAGCGUUUGGUGGAGCACCAGCAGCAGCAGAAGGCAGACCACUCGGCAGCUAUCCGAGAAGCCCUGGAGUUAGUACAAUCAAAGGUUACGCCCCAGGAGGAUAGCUCCAAGCAGUUGAUCAAGCUUAUCAAGUCUGAAACUCAAUCGAGAUUGCUGGAGCAGCGAUGCGAGAGCCUGCAAACGAAGCUGGAGGAGGUCCAGCGGGAGCUGUCCGAGCUGAGGGUGCGACAAUCUACAGAUUCGGAGCACUGGCAGACCAUACACGCUCUGUUCGGUGAACAGGGCACUGGAGAGACGACUCCCUGUGCCACAGUGGAGGCUGCCACCAAUACGGGGACAGCGGAUCCAGCCACCAAUACGGAGGCAGAGGUGGCUCCUGUUCCGGCCAUGCGAAGAGCAGCCCAACUGAUAGAUAGGCAAUCCUCGCCCAUUGGCUCGCCCCGCAGACGCCAUCCUCACUCGGACACGUCCACCCAAACGCAGGAGCCUGUAAAGCUGCUGGAGACUGCAGUCCAGACGAAUGCCAUCCGCACGCAGCAGCAUCAAGCGGUUCAAACAUCAGGGGGGAGCAGAAGGGGCUCUCGUCAGGAUCUGCAGCAAAUGCAAGCAUCACUCCUGGAGGCUAACGAACGCUGCGAGCUACUGCGUAAGCAAUUGGAGGCAUCUAAGGCGGAGAGCCGCGAGCCCGAGAGUCCUCACAGCGGUGUCGUUGAAAAGACUAUACUUUCCUUCCACACACUACUCCUGGAAAAGGAUAAGUCUAUACAGAAGUUCCAGGAUCUACUGCAAACUGAACGGGAACAGAGCCAGCAGUUGACAGACAAACAGACAGACGAAAACGAAUCCCUCAGGGCCGCAGUAAACAAUCUGAACUGUAACAUCAAGACAAAGGAUGUGGAGAUCAUGGAGCUGCGAAACAAGCUGGAGCAGCGACCUAAGCAGCCAGUGGCAGUAGACUCCGCGAGUGCAGAGCCAUCGGUCCAUGACCUCACCGACGAGAAGAUCGAAGAAAUGUUCGAGGACAGCAGCUCCCCAGAGCGGCCUGCGGAGGAGGAAGCGGAGGAGGAAGCGGAGGAGGAAGCGCAGGAGGAAGCGCAGGAGGAACCAGAAGGAGAGCAGGAGAAGCAGGACACAGAAGAGCUCAAGGAACUGCCAACGCUGCAUAAGCAGAUCAAGGAGCUAAAGGAAAAGCUGGAACACAUCAAAAAAAGCCUGAAAGCAAAGGAAGUGGAAGUGAAAAAAUUAAAGGACAAGUUAAAAGUCGUGAAGAAACACGAAAAGGCCUUGGAGAGAAAAAAUCCCGAACUAGAUCAAUUACGCGGCUUCAUAGUGGAGAAAGAUAGGCAUAUAAAGGAGCUACUGGAAACAAUGCAAAACUUCCAUGAAGAUCAGCAGAGGUACCUCAAGGACAGUUCCCACUACUCGGAGGAGCAGAUGGGGAAGCUGUCUGCCGAUCUCAGUCGGACAAAGGCCACCAACAAGAUCUACCACACGCAAGUGGAGGCCCUGCGCCGACAGUUGACGGUUAUCACACAGCGCGAGAAGCAGGCCCGAGAACUCACACAGUCGCUGCGCCAGCAACUAGUCAAGCGGCCCGUGGUCUCCAUUAAGACGGAGCUCAAUGCGCGAGUGAAGAACGAGAACCAGCAAAAGCGCAUCCAGCAGCUGGAGGCGGAGCUGGACGAUACUCGCGACCAAAUGCAGCGCCAGCAAAAGAUUCUAGAAACGCAGCGUUCGCGCAGCGCAAAUGAGGUGGGUCUCUGGGAGAAGCAAAAGCGCUGGCAGCAGCAGGCCGACAAGUACAAGGCCAAGCUGGAAGAAACGGAGAUGGCGUUGGAAAAGUCGCGGGCCCUGCUGCAGGCGGCGCGCACGACGAUUGCCAGGCUGGAGAAGGAUAAGCAUCUGCUAGAGACCAAAGUGGCGCGCGGAGGACCAACGAGUGCUCCGAACAAUCCCCUCAAGUGCUGUCGUACUCCUUCGUGUCCCAACCUGCAGCACGUGGGCGUGAACAAGUUCUCGUGUUCUCCGUCGGAGAGCCCCGAGACAUACACGGGGCCCAGUAGCGAGUGCAGUUCGCCAGCGCAUCAUCCCCAGCCGCAGGAUAACCACGACUUCUACGAUAGGAGCAAGUUGGACCUUAUCGAGGCGCUGAAGAACCGCAUUGAGCUGCAGCAGCGCAAGAUUAUUGCCAUGGAGCUGGAGGGCCGGGGUAGUAAUGCUCUCACCACAGAACUUGAGAAACUUCAGGAGCGGUUCCAGGGCGUAGAGGCUCAGAACAUACGGAUGGAGGCAAGGAAUCUCCAGUUGCAGCUGGAAUCGGAUCUUCUGCGGCAGAACGACAGCACCGAUAGACUGCAGAAACGUAUCAAACACUUGGAGGAUUACAUUAUCGCCCUCAAGGAGGAAAUGGCACGCAACGAGUCGAGGCGGGAGCUCUGCAAGUGCAGCGGCCUCAAGGUAAAUACCCAACAGGGCCAGUCGGCAGAGCACACGAUUCUCUCGCUGCGCAAUCUCGUGGAGAAACUGCGAUCUGAGAAUAAGUUCCUCAAAGACGGGAGGCGCUCGAGCGAGUCACGCAGCUCAGUAGACUCUUCGGCCACACCUUCAGACGUGGCCCAGUGGCAACAGCAGCAUGCGGAGUCUAUGCAGAAGAUUUCUGGUCUGCAGCAAGAGCUCCAGAAGCGGAGCAAGUGCAGCCAAUGCAGCGGAUGCAGUAAGGACGCCACCAACGGGGAACUGAAAUUCAUCAAGGAACAACUCACGAAGAAGACGGAGCUGUUGGAAAAGGCCAAAAUUCUGCUUACGCGCGCGGCUGCUAAGGAAAAGGUGCUGCGGGAACAGCUCGUAAUGUGGAAGCGCAAAUGCUCCGAGCUGGCGAAUGUGCCCGUCAUCGAUGAGAUUAGCGAAUAAUUAACGAUUAAGUUGAUGUUGUAAAUACAGCACAAAAUAAAACAUCCGAUAUU